UCAAACGCCCAUAAUUCACCUCGCAAGGUUACGUAACGUCCCGCCGUCCGUUGGGGAAGCAGUUGACAGCAGUCAAGAGCAGGCCUAAGUGGGUAAACAAAACAAACAUAUGAAAAAAAGGAGCAAGAACAACCUCAAAGUUGAAUUUUCUUUCAUAACCGUAGGAUGUUUAACAUUGUUCUAAAGCGGUUUGAAGCCCGUUAAAGGAGAAAUUUGAAAGCAAAGAGUUGGAGUGCACCUGUCAGAAGCUAAAUAGGUUAACCGAGCUAACGUGUGCUAGCACGUCAGCUAGCUAGCUGGCUCGUUGAACUCGCUCAGGUUAGCCUGCAGCCAUGUCGUCCCCCUCCUCCUCCAGGCGCCAGUGGUGCUACCUGUGCGACCUGCCAAAGAUGCCGUGGACUGUGGUGUGGGACUUCAGCGAGGUGGUUUGCCGUGGCUGCGUGAACUACGAGGGAGCUAAUCAGAUCGAGUUCCUGAUAGCGAAUGCCCGACAGCUAAAACGAACACACGGGAUGCAGGACGGUAACGUCAGGUCACCUGGUCCCUCGCCCAAUAAACACAGCACAUCUGGCAGAGGAGACGGUGUUGCGGACGGGGGCAGGCCGCACAUGGACCGUUUCGAAAGGGGAGGAAGAGGAGAAAGCACCGUGUCAGCUAUCCGUGUGCCGCCCAACGGGCUGCACCGUGACGGCCAGCCGCCCCAAGAAGUGAACCGUCAGAGCCCCAGCGGCAGCCGAAGACCCAUGCUAGGCGCUGCUAUCCCUCCUUGUCUAGUAACUCAAAGUAUGGCGGGGAUUCCCCAUGGGCUACUUGCGGGCAUGCCGGCGGGUCUGACCGCCAGGACAUCCCCCAUGACCAGCUCCAUGAUCUUCCCUGCCCCGGUGCUGGCUGAGAUGAGCCGCAGACAGCUGGGGAUAGGGAUGGGGAUAGCCCCUUUCAUGACUCCGGAGCUGGAACGAGAGCUCAGUUCGUCCCAGAACCAGGCCAAAAUACAGAGCCAGAUCCACACCGCUGUGGCUGGCAGCAGCGCCAGCAAGAGUACCGGCAUGCCUUCUUCGUCCUCGACCCUGGCUGGAGGUGUGAGCCAGACCAGUCCCAAGCCCGCCUCAUCUCCAGCCAGGCAGCCGCGCCCCCUGACCUCGAGGUCUGGAGGGGAGCCCCUGGGAUCCAGCACCUCAGCAGAGGCGGCCACCACAGCCGCGGCGUUACCCCACAGUGGUGCCUCUGAGCUGGAAUCAGCAUCUGCCAGCAACACCCAUUCAACUGGUACCACUCUGUCCUGCACCUUGUGUCAUGAGAGGCUGGAAGACACUCACUUUGUGCAGUGUCCAUCAGUGCCAGGGCAUAGGUUCUGCUUCCCGUGCACCAGAGUGUACAUCCAGAGCCGGCGGGGUGAUGGGGAGGUGUACUGCCCCAGCGGAGAGCGCUGUCCGUUGGACAUCUCUCCCAACAGUCCCCCUUGGGCCUUCAUGCAGGGAGAGGUCUCCACCAUUCUUGGCACAGCUGGAGCAGGAGCUGCCGCACCCGGAGCGGGGAACGGGCCUGGAGCUGCGGCUGGGAGCGGAGACGCCGGCGGAGACGUCACCGUCAAGAAAGAGAGAGAGACGUGAUGACGGGUUCCACGGAAACCAGACCAGGACCCAAUACAGUACCAGGCAGAGUCUUAUCACAUACCAGAAGGAGAUGUCUGCAGUGGAGCUCUGUGAGACCCAGUAGACCCACACAGCGACCCACAGUCCAGAAAACCUCCACUACAAAGGUCUUGACUCCAGCUGCUCACACCGCCAAAUUGUAUCAACAUUUAUCAGACUUCAAUUGUUUAUUAUGUACUGUGUGAAUCCAAUAUUCAGGGCCAAUCAACAGCUGAUCAGUGGCUACUUUUUGUAGAGUCAGUAGUAUCACUGCCCACAUUAGCACUGCCAGCUAGCUACUGUUAGCAGCUGGAAAUAAACAGGCUCAAGCAACACAUAGACCGUCUCACUUUUCGACAAACAAAAACAUACACCGCCAUAAUAUGGAAGAUGUCAUCACAUAAAAUAUACUCGCACCCCGACUUGAAUAUGCACCUUAAGAAACAAGCAGUGCCAACAGGACUACUGAAAUGUCUCUCUUUCUCUAAAUGGCCACCAGUGUGUUCAUAUAUCAUCGUCACUGGUUUGAUUUGCCAACAGUAGCUAGCAGAGCUGCUUGUUAGCAGACCUAGUUUAGUUAUGUUUAUUGUUCCUAAUGACCCUCGUCAAACUCACAGAAAGUAGCCACGGUGUUUAUUCCAGCAGUCCGCUCAAUAUUGUGAAAGCACAAACAUUUGUUUUCGACAAAUCCAACACAAAUGUUGAAAUACUAAAGACGGUGUCCCCGGUUGUUCCGCAUCUCUGUUGUUGAUGAACAAACUGCUGCGACCUCCGGCUGUUGUCGGACAACAUGCAGGCGCUUCUGAGUUGGAACUUGCCGUGCCAUUGCUUGGUCUAAAUUAAAUAUUUAAGCUUUUACAAAUGCAAUUUAUAUUAAAAACUGACAGUUAUCGGGACAAAGUGUACCUUAAAUUUGAAAUACAAAUGUAUUUUUUAUUGUUUCAUGACUGAAUCCGUCUUUCGGUGCACAAUCAGUGUGAAACUAAAGAAAAUAAAUCUUUAAAACUCAGCAUGCAAACCGACAUGAGAUACGGACAGAAUGCCAGUAAUGACAUUUCUCUGUGUCCCUUUUAAUCGGCUUUAAAUACGGCUCUCUUUGACUCAGUGUAGAAACAACCUUCUAAGCAUAGACCGGAUUGUGUUAUCUGUAUU